AUGGCGCCCGCUGAACCAAAUACCCAGGUGGGUAUACCAGGAGUCCCGCAAGGAAACGUCACUCCCCCUAGAUCAGUUGAGCCUGAUUCUGAAUCCAAAACCAAAACUACGCCCCUUCAGCCACGUUUGAACAAAUACUCACUGAAACCAUCCAUCCCAUCUCCCGAAAAACGCAUCGAUGUCGCGAAUCACACUCAAGGCUAUUACUACGGGCCAAUGCCAGUUCAAGAGUUCUUUGACACAUUCAUGCCCUACAAGGAUCUCAGCUUCAAAAGGAACAGGCCAAGUGAGACCCAGCGGGAGAAGUUGAUCAGUGUAGCCACCAUGGAAUCAGAGUCGGCGAUGUACACCGCAUUUGUUGAUGCGCUCAAAGGCUGGCCCCCUCCAGAUGACGGACGCAGGAAAGUCGAGCUUGAGUUCCACGAUGUCCACUCGUAUCAAGAUCCAAAUUGUGGCGAGCUCGCUGUCGAUGUCGCUGUUGUCGACACCUCAAUCAAACAUCUUUGGGCCAAUGGGAAGAAGGUCUCCUUCUCAGAGCACGAGACUCACACAGAGUUCAAGUUGAGCAACUCUUUUGACCCGUUCGUUGAGAAGGAGACGAACCGACAGAUCGAAGAUUCAACGCAAGACUCAGCGGAUGACAACACCAACAUACUCUCUACUCGUGACUGGGGGGAUUUUGAGUUCGAGAACUCGACCAACGAUGGCAUAUCCUGUCGUGGACAGCUCGCAUACUAUGCUGCUGCCGCAAUGACUGUCCAAUAUCGCACACAUUUUUUCCAGCUCCUCAUGUUCAACGCCUACGCUCGAAUCAUCCGCUGGGACAGGUCUUGCGCCAUCGUCUCACAACGAUUCGAUUAUGCUGAAGAACCCGACUUGAUCUUCGAUUUCUAUCGACGCCUCGCACAACUGGACCGUGGAGAACGCGGUUAUGAUCCCGAGAUCACCUACGCGACAGAGGGGGAAGCCGAAUUGGCUCGCGCGGCGUUUCGUAGCUUCCACCCUGAUGGGUGGCAUGGCCGCUUCGAAUUUCCGAAAAAGCUUCACAACCGCGACAUUCGUAGUCAGGCGUUUCGUACGCUCACAACUGGCGAUUCACAAUUCGUCAUAUGUGCUCCCGUUUUCUAUCCCGACUGCUACACCCCCUUCGGACGCUCCACUCAACGUUCACUCGCCUAUAGAUUGGGCAAGGAGACGAUAUGCUUUAUGAAGCACUUCCACUCUCAGAACUACAGCACUACGUUGAAAGAAAGUACAGUCUACCUGCGGCUUGACGACAAAAGGAAGACGGACAAGAACUUUCCGAGGGGAUUCUGCCGGAUGAUUACAGGAGGUGAUGUUCCUGGCACGGUGUCCAUAGGACACCUGUUUUGGAACGCAUCGUGGGUAUGUGGUUGCGUGAGGGAACCGCGUCAACUCAUCGUACAUCGUAUAUUCCUCGAAGAAGUUGGGCGUAGCAUACGAACAUUUACCAACGCCAAAACUAUGUUAACCUGUGUUGCAGAUGCGAUGGAGGCUCAUUCAUAUCUUCUUCAUGUGCUUGGAAUCCUUCACCGAGAUAUCUCCCCAGGCAAUAUCCUCAUGGAACGAUACCCGGAAGUUCCUGGAGGUAAAGUCCGUAGAGGCAUGCUCAUCGAUUUUGACCAUGCACUGGAUUUAAACCGAACGGGACGCUCACAAUCUCCCGGUCGAUCAGGAACCUUUCAGUUUUUCUCGGCUGCUUUGCUCCUAGAUCCUAGGGUGGUUCAGAGUGGAAUAGAUGACCGAGAGUCCUGUUUCCAUAGUAUCGUCUACCUAAGCAUGCUCCACCUUCAACACGGACUAAGCAACAACCCUACGAAGCUGCAUGCUCAGCUGAUGUCGUUAUUUGAAGAUGCUCUUGGCACCCACAAAGAGGGUGCACUCACUCAAAACUUGUAUCAACGCUUUGACUGGGCUAACCAGGGAUUGCAGAAAACCUUGACUGUGCUGGCCGAUGUUAUCAAGUGGCGUUACGUAGAAAUAGCGGAGGAAUCCCCUGAGCUUGCCGUCAUACUGAAGAAACUACGAGAUGAGAAUAUGAAGCUUUUGGAGGACAGACAUUGGAUGCACAACACCAUAAGGGAACAUCUCAAGACCAUGCCAGAUCCUCCGGAGGAAAUAGAGUUCGUUGUGAACUCACAUCACCCACUCGUCACCACUCCAGCGUCGAAGAGGAGCUCUGACACUCUAAACACGUCCAAUAGGUUGGGUCUGGAUGGACAUCUCCCCGCUGAUAUUUCUUCUUCCAAUAAGCGACAGAAGACCAAAUAA